AUGUCGGGCGCCGGGGCCCAGGGUGGUGGCGCCGGGAACCAGCCACUGUUCAAGCUCGACUUGUCCGGCAUGCGCAACUUCGUGAAGUUCAGGAAGACUUGGGACCUCUCGAAGGACUGGGACAUCACCUUCGGACUCGACUACAACACGCGAACUCAUCGCCGCAUCCCAAGAGUUGAGCUGACGAAGACGCUGGGGGAGAAGAAAGAUCUCAAGUUGCAGAUUAAUGAGUCCAGUGUCCUUCUGGCGCAGCGUAUCUGCGUGGACAAGGGCAAGUUCGGGCUGAAGAUGGACGCUGGGGCCGGCAUCACGCGGCACGGCACCCCGCACGUGCUGGUCGACCUGCAGGAGGUGCGACCAGCAUGGGCGGUGGCGGUGGCGGCCGCGUCGCUGGUGCUGCUGGGGAAGGAGCUGGGCGUGCAGCGGGAGAAGCAGGUGUUCAAGUCGGGCACGACGGACGCGGACGUGGCCGCGAGCUUGCAACGGAAGGGCUACGGGCUCACUCUGAACAUCCGCGAGCUCAGCGCAAUCAUCAAACUAUAA